AUUCGCAAUCAAUAUAAAAUUGGACGCAUGCUUGGUGAAGGAGGAUGUGGCAGUGUUUAUGAAGGGACUCGCUGCGAGGAUGGACUUAAGGUGGCUGUGAAAUGUUCAGAGAAGACGCCAGACAUGUCAUAUAUCAGAGUGCCUGGUCAUCCCAAACGUCUGCCAAUGGAGAUUGGCCUGAUGCUCAUGGCCAACAAUGGCCCCAGCGUUUCCCAGAUCAUUAAGCUGCUCGACUGGGAGGAUGACACAGAUCACUACGUGAUAGUCAUGGAGCGACCAGUGCCUUGCGUGGAUUUGUUUACUUAUGUGGAUGAUGAAGAAAGGCUUGACGAGGGGAUUGCAAGAAAUAUUAUGCGGCAGAUCAUUGAUGCCGCUAAAACUUGCUGCGAUCGUGGUGUCUUCCAUCGUGAUAUAAAACUGGAGAACAUCUUGGUGAACCAGGACACCAUGGAGGUCAAAUUAAUUGACUUCGGGUGCGGCGCAGUCAUGAAGAAAUCUGCCUUCAAAUCCUUUAGUGGCACGAAAGAGUACUGUCCACCUGAGUUCAACUUGAAGGGCAGGUACAAAGCAAAGCCAACCACAGUGUGGACACUAGGGUUCAUCUUGUUUGAAAUGCUGUGCGGGGAAUGUCCUACAUCCUACGACCAACACAAGAUCACUGUGAACCUCUGGACCAGACCUGGCUUGUCAAAAGAAUGCUGCCAGAUGAUUUGUGAUUGUCUGCAGCCUGAUCCACAGAGGAGACUCAGUCUGGACAAGAUGCAUCUCCACGACUGGUUUAAGGUCACAGAGUAAAACACAACCUCAGAAAACAACUCCUGUCAUGGCCAGCCUGUUGUUUUCUGUCUUCAGUCAGCUUUGCGUCUGGUGGACUGACAAGAGGGGCCUUUCCAUCAGUCCACUCUGGCCUUAGUGUAUUGCAGGCCCUUGCCUUGACUUAAAGCAGUCUGGCUGUAUUGCUUGCUUGGGGAUCUGUAAAUAAUAAUUAAUUGUUUAUUUGGAUUUGUUUAUUUAUUAUAAGGAAGUUCGUAAGAACAUUUCUAAGGAAUUUUGUAAG